AUAUUGAUUUGUCAUUAGUGAAAUCAAUCAUUGAAGUCAUUCAAGCCAAAAAAGAUACAACUCCAGUUCAAAUAUUCGACACAGUGAAAAAUAUUUGUUUAAAUGAAAUCUAUCCAUUUUGGAUUGAAUAUAUGAAAUCUGAUGCUUUUCAAUUUGUUUAUGCUUCACAUAAAAGCAAAAAUGAAGAUUAUAUGAUGCCUAAAUCAUCGAAUGAUUUUGAUGUACUGUUAGAUGAGAAUUCUAACUUGAUAGUACAACGUAAACCAAUAGAAAUGUAA